AUGGAAGCAGUGGAAAAGAAAAAGCCACGGAAACUGAGAUCUCCAAUGUCCGAGCCUGUCUACAUCAUUUUAGAUGUCGAACGGAAGGAAACAACGUUCAUGGAACAUUUAGGUUACGCCUGUUUGAACACUGUAUUGCGGAAUAAACGACCGGCAGCCGAAUCAGUCUUUUGCUCUCGAACUUGCAGAAUCGAUACCAUCAAGAAAAAAGGCAUGGAGUGGGUAAAGGACCUAGAACGGAAAAACUGCCAGGACCUUACGGUUAUUCAAUGGAACGAGGAAAACAAAUGUUCCCGUUUCGCCUCUCACGCAAUAUACAGCUAUUCUCUGGACUACUGCGCCCCUUUGCUCUCGCAGGUGGGAGCUUUGGCCUCGCGACUCGGGCAUCGGCAUUAUCAUGCGGAGAUGAUGGAUCGAAUGGGGCUGGGCGUGGAUGGAGUAAUGAUUGUUCAUGGCGGUGGCGUGUAUGAGGACAAAGGUGCCACGAUCGAGAGAAUUAAGGAAACAAUUACUCGUGUGUUGCCGAAGAACGUUAGGGAGAGGUUGGCGCUAGACAAUGACCAGUUAUGUUACAAUGCUCAAGAUCUGCUCCCACUCUGCGAGGAGCUUGAUGUCCCUCUUCGUGCAAAUGCCAUUUGGAUACGACGCGGGAUAAAACUGAAACAACACCUCAGCGAGCCGCGACCUGGAGCGGAGACUGUCAUGGAGCGUCGUGCACAUGCUGAUCGUUGUCAAAGCUUGCCCGAGGAGUUACCCGAUGAUAUGGGUCAGUGUUUUAUUUUAUCGGUGUCGAGCGGGCUGACUUAUAUGCAUAUUGUAUAG